UAUCUACGGUCUCCGAGCAAUUGGAUUCAGGUCUACGGCCACAUAAACACGAGAUUCUGCAAAUACUGGAAGUGUUCAGUAGAUUACGAAGCUUCUAUGAGGGGAAUAAACAGUUGACGCUUCGGGCCGAAACACUUCUUCAGUACACUAUCUCAAAGUAGGGAGAGGGACAGCUCUCGCACAUCGAGUGUGUGCGCCUGCGCGCGUCCCCUGAUCCCGGGCCAGGGGCGGGGCGGGGCGGGUUUCUGGACUUUUCUGCAGUUUGGAUUGUUGACGGCGCGCUGAGAUCAGGGUAUCUGGCGCAUCUGGCAACUGAGGGCGGGAAGAGGCGACACUCACAGCAGGGAGACAGCUGUAGAGGAGGAAAUGGUGGAUUACUACAAUAUUUUGGGAAUCUCUCGUAAUUCCUCUCAAGAAGACAUCAAGAAAGCAUACCGGAAACUGGCACUGCGAUGGCAUCCCGACAAGAACCCAGACAAUAAGGAAUUUGCAGAGCAGAAGUUUAAGGAGAUUGCGGAGGCUUAUGAAGUGCUAUCAGACAGAAGUAAACGAGAAGUUUACGAUAAAUAUGGAAAAGAAGGAUUAGUUGGUGGAGUAGGUGGCAGAGGUCCCAGCGCGGGAACAGAGUUUCCUGAUUUUAUCUUCUCAUUCCGUAGCCCAGAUGAAGUGUUUAGAGAGUUCUUUGGUGGCCGUGAUCCUUUUGCAGAGUUAUUUGAUGACUUUGGCCCAUUUUCUGAUAUGGCUGGGAUUAACCGAUCUCGACAUGCACCUGAAUCAUUAUUUUCAUUCCCGUUUCCCACUGGAUCAGAGUUCUCGUCUUUCUCCACCAAUAUUGGUGGGGUUGGAAUGGGCCAUUUCCGAUCAGUCUCAACCUCCACAAAGUUCAUUAAUGGGAAACAAGUAACCACCAGAAAGAUCGUGGAGAACGGUGAAGAGAGAGUAGAAGUGGAAGAAGAUGGGCAGUUGAAAUCUGUUCAAGUCAAUGGUGUGGAAGACCAGAUGGCUCUUGCUCUGGAGCUGAGCCGGCGGGAACAGCAGCAACUUCAGGGCGAGCCUUCACGAAGGGAUCGCGUCCAGGACUCCAUGGACCCACGCCUUGCCUAUGGUUUUGCGGAUGAUGACGAUGAGGAAGACGAGGCCCUCCAGCUGGCGAUGGCCUACAGCCUGUCUGAGAUGGAAGCCCAGGGGCGAGGAGCAGACACAGAGUUCCAGGCUUAUUCAGGGUGACUAGCAACAGUUAAUUUCCAGCAGGUAAUGCUUUCAUUUCCUAUAUUAUUAACAUUUAUUCAAUUCAUCCCUUGUUUAUUGGCACUGAUUGGUACGUAUGUGUAACCAUCUCACUUAUCUCUUCCUUCACUGCUUGAUGCCGUCCGAUUUCACUCCCGAAACCUUCGCUAGGAUUGGAAAACAAGUGUGGAAACUAACACAAACGAGGUGUAGUUGGAAUACGGUGCUUGCGAUGGCUGUCCAAUCAGUAUUGUAACACUCAUUAAAAUGUUGUCUCUCCGUCUACUUUUUAUACAGGAGCACUUUAACUUGGAAUGUAUAAAGUUCGUUGUGUGUUUGAAAAUUGGACAAUUUGAAGUACACUAUGUAUGUGCUUUAUUUACUGUUUAAUGAAAUAUUCUGUUCUGAAUUUUUGUCUUUUGAUGCUUUGUGGAGGAGUGUGGUGUGAUGGGUCAGUGUUUGUAUUUUUUUCGUUUCUUGCCCUUUAUAAGAAUGUAUGAUUUUGCGUGUGUAGACUAUUCUGCAAUUAAUUUAACCCUCCCCUCCCACAUAUCCCUCCAUUUUUCUACCAUCCAUGUGCCUAUCCAAAAGUUUCUUAAAUGACUCUCAUGCAUCUGCCUCCACCACAACCACUGGCAGGGCAUUGCACACAUCGACCAAUCUCUAUGUAAAGAACUUGCCUCUGACAUCUCCACUGUACUUUCCUCCAAUUGCUUAAAAAUUAUGCCCCUCCAAAUUAGCUGUUUCCACCCUGGAGAAGAAGUCUUUGCUGUCCACUCUAUCUAUGCCUCUUACCAUCUUGUACACCUCUAUCACUUCUCCUCUCAUUCUUCUUCACUCCAAGGAGUGAGCUCGAGCUUACUCAACCUAUCCCCAUAAGACAACUCUCUAAUCCAGGCAGCACCCUAGUAAAUCUCCUCUGAACCCUCUCUUAAAGCUUCCAGAAUUGCACAUAAUAUUCCAAAUGUUUAACCAGGGUUUUAUAGAGGUGCAGCGUUACUUUGUGGCUCUUAAGCUCCAUCCCCCAACUAGUGAAGGGCAACACGCCAUAUACCUUCAUAACAACCCUCUC